AUGAAGCUGCACUUACUUUUGCUGGUCGGUCUCCUCGGAUUAACUAUUGUCCAAUGUCAAAUACUACUUCCAGGACUCCGAGUUAGGCAGGUCCCCGUGCUUGAAAAUGGCCAAAUUCGAGUGGUGCAGUACCUCGAUGCGGCCUCCACAGUAACACCUGAAGUGGUAAAGGAUCAAUUCAGUAGACGAUUUACGACGUUAGCCAAGCCUUUAAUCAGUGGUGCUCCUCCUCAAACUAGUCUUCCUAACUUUCCUUAA